AUGGAUGCUCUGGCAGCAGCAGAGACAGCUGUCCUUGCGGAGUGCAAGACGCGGGAGGUGGUCUUUGAAAUCUCCCGCAACAUGGUGGACAGCACCAACGCCAACUUUGUGGUGUGGCCACCCUGUGUGGAGGUGCAGCGCUGCUCCGGGUGCUGCAACAACCGCAAUGUGCAGUGUCGCCCCACACAGAUCCGUGUCCGGCACGUCCAGGUAAACAAGAUCGAAUUUGUCCAGAGGAAGCCAAAAUUCAAAAAAGUUGUUGUGCCUUUGGAGGACCAUGUACAGUGUCGGUGUGAGGCCGUGUUCCGACCGCCUCCCAGGAACAUCCGUCCAGGGCCACGUGAACAGAGACGCUUGUCACCAUCGUUCACCACAGCCGCUGUCUCUCAGAGGCAGCGAGUACGCCGGCCGCCGGCACAGAAGAGGAAACAUAAGAAGUACAAGCAUGUCAACGAUAAGAAAGUGCUGAAAGAAAUCCUCAUAGCAUAGAAGUGCUGGCAGGGGAGAGAGAGCACAAGGUUUAUUUAAUAUAUUUGCUGUAUUGCCCCCAUGGGGUCAUUGGAGUGACAACUUUUCCUCUUUGUCCAUCUGCCUCGACGUCUGAUUCAGACGGCAAUUGGUGCUUCCCUUUCCAUCAGUGGACCUUCUCCCACCAAAGCCUCCUUUCUUUCAUUUAUUAGCAUAAUUUUAAAGUUUUACACACACACACA